UUAUGUCAAUGGCGUUGCAGCAAAAGUGCAGUAUGUUUCAGUCGUGUGUGAAUCUGACACUGAUUUCUCUUAAACAACUAAUUAAAUCAAUUAAAAAAUAUUAUGUUUGAACGUGAUGCAGAUUAUUACAUUGAACACGUCACUACCCAUGUCACGUAUUUCAAUUAUUAUAAUUCGAUCAAUAAGUGGUUAUGUGCACUUUUUUGAACUUUUUAAAACUAACAGAUGUUAAGAAAUUAAGUUUCUUUUUUUUUUUUGUCGUUCUUUACAUAUCACUUGUAAGAUUAUUGUUGUGAUCUCUUUAGAGUUGUAUUUUAUUAACAGAACGUCAUAAAAACCGUGCUCGAUAAUGUGUUCGUGGAUCGUUUACUAACUUAUCAAGUAAAGCCAUAUUACGUGAAGAAAAUGACAACUAGAAGUUUAACAGAUGUAUUCGUGCUAAUGCGCAACAAUGCUAUGCAAAGUAGGCAUAUUUAUUCAGAACAGCGCGUGACGGACCGCAUGUCGCUGGUGGGGCCCGACGCGGAGGGCGGGCUGGAGCUGCGGUCCGGCCGGGAGUCGCGCCUGCCCCCCGCGUGGGCGGACGGGCUGGAGGAGGCCCAGUACUGCCUGUCGCGACUCCGCUCCAAGGUGCAGGACCUGGAGGCCCUGCACGCCCGCCACCUGCUCCGCCCCACCCUCGACGACUCCUCCGGGGAGGAGCGCCAGAUCGAGGCCCUCGCCCAGGAGGUCGCCCGGAUGUUCGGGACCGCACACAAGGUCAUCCAGCAGAUCCGGCGCCAGAGCAGCGACGGCAGCCAGCAGGAGAAGAAGCUGUCGUACAACGUGGUUUCGUCACUUGUCGCGUCCUUGCAAGACCUGUCAGUACAGUUCCGCAGCUCCCAGAGCUCCUACCUCGCGAAGCUGGACUCCCGGGAGGAGCGGUCGCGGCAGUACCUGAGCGCGGAGCUGGAGGAGGCGGGGGGCGGCCAGGACGACCUGGACCUGGUGUUCGGCAUGGCGCCGGCGUCGCGCGGCGUCGCGCAGCAGCAGCUGCUGCUGCUGGAGGAGCAGAACACCCGUGCCGUCGCUCGGCGCGAGGAGGAGGUGCGCCAGAUCGUGCGCUCCAUCGCCGACCUCAACCACGUCUUCAAGGACCUGGCCCACCUGGUGGCCGACCAGGGUACGAUUCUGGAUCGGAUUGACUACAACAUAGAGCAGACACAGUCACAGGUACAUCAGGGCUACCAACAGCUGCAGAAAGCAGACAAGCUCCAACGCAAGAACCGCAAGAUGGUGUGCAUCUUGAUUCUUGCCACGUCGACGAUCCUGUUGACCAUCCUGCUGAUCAUUGUCAAGACAUAGCUAGUUUGUUCCACUUCUUGGUGCUUUGUCCUCAUCUUACAACGCAGACGCCGGCGACACGAGUGUUGCAGGGAAGAAGUGUUCUAAGAACGGCUCGUAACGGCAGCUUGGCAAUGUCAUUCUUCUGGAAAAUAUAUCCAGGAAUGAUGUAUAAGAAUGUACAAAUUGAAUCACAAGACUGCAGGUGUGUCAUGUAUUUUACCCACUGUACUCUGUUCCUUAUAGACAAAACCACUGCGAAAAAAAAUUUCCUGUUGUGUGCAGUUCCCAGGUGUUCAACUUUGCAUGUAUGCAUUCCUGAUUGUUGCUUAGAAUGUAGUUGGUAAAAUAAAACUGCUUGAAAUUCCACCUAAAUGCUGACUAAAAAGUUUGGUUAUUGCAAUUAUUCUGUAUUUUAGUUUCAGAAAGCCCAAUAAAGUUUAUAAUUAAUUAUUCAUGUACUUUAAAAUACAAUUCUAAACAAAUGUUCCACCCCUAAACUGUAGUAACUUUAAUUUACACUUCCUAAUAUUCACACACAAAGGUCAGGCUGAUUACAAAGGGAUAAAAGAAGUUUUAUGAUUAUAACAUGUAUUAUUUUCAAAUUAAUUUUGUGUAUUAAAAUUUGUUUAUCAUGGUUGCUACAGGUCUAAAAAGCUAGGACAAGUCAGGGAAUUUAAAAUGGUCAGGGAUUUUCGAGAAAUGUUAGGAAAAUCAUAACAUAACAUCACAAAAUUCUGUUGAUUUUCCUUCUUUUUUUGAAUUCUCAGGCUUUUUUUUUUUCUGUAAACAUGUAGUUCAACGGGAAAAAAAGUAUUCACAUAUGUUUACAUACAAGUUCAAUAGCAUCUACCAAUAGUUUCAGGAGAAUCUAUAGUACAUUUGCAAACAUUUAUUUUGAUUUUAAACUGCGUUAAUUUUACGACGUGGCUAUUUAUUUUUAUGGGCGUGUGGCGUCAAUAAGUAAUCCAACACUGAAUUUUUUACAAUAAUUCUGAAGAUUACCAACAUCUGUGGAUUAAUAGAGAUAAAUUUACCUAGAAAUAUGUAUUCAAAAAUUAUGAUAAAAUUUAAAUUAAUAAUUUAUGUUGUGGUAAGGAGAUCAAGAUCAAAGUGUUUUCAAGGAGAAUAUAAUUAUGGUUUCUGCAAUUAGGGUUUAUGUGUUAAUAUUAAACAAAAUAUAUGAAACGAGAAACCAGAUCGCAAAUGGUAAAAAAUGGAGAAGAGUCUAGCGACAGCAAUGCUACCUUCCUGCAACUGGCAACUGGCAACUGGCUCGUUCCGGGGCCGGCUGCCGCACCGCUCACGCUCGUUCCGGGGCCGGCGGCACGAUCAUAUAUGUCAUCUGAAACUUUUAUUUGUCAAAUAUGGCCUCGUGGCUGAACGCUUAGCGGCGCUAUCAUCUGAUCGUAAAGUUGCCGAUUCGAAUCCCGGCAAGUGCGAAUUUUUUUUUGUACUUGUAAAAUUAAUACGAGCACGUAUAAUUUCAAAAGUAAUAAAUAUAUUUGAAUAAUGAAUGCAAAUAAAAGUAAAUUUAUUAAUUAAAUUGUAAUUUUCAGAUAAGGACAUGAUAACUAAUGGUCAAUUAGGUUAGGUUAGCUACAUUAUAAAUACUUUAAAACUUUGUGGACGGUUGAUUUGGUAGGAUAGUUACAUUAAAGAUACUUGGAAAUCAAACAUCCAGGGGGUAGGCGCUCCCAAUCGGCCAACUUCGGAGAGGAUCGGCAGUUGCAGGACGGUAGCAUUGCUGUCGCUAGACUCUUGUAAAAAUGGCAUCAGAAAUCAUUAAAAAAAUAAAAAAAAUAAAAAACUUAAAAUCAGGUAACCUCAACUUGAGACAAUUACAACCUUAAGUAAACACAAAAUAAAUAACAAUAGUUUAUUUUAUUUGUUAUUUAAAUUACGUUACAAAUUUGGUUUUACCCGUAAUUCUAUUAAGUAUUCAGUACUGUUAAUUUUGAAUUUUGCCAUCAAAUUUUGAGGUUAGGUAGCUAUAAUUGGCAAUUCAUAACCAAUCAUUCAACUGCAUUCAAAGUAUUUGUAAUGUAGUUAACCUAGCUUAACCAACAGUCUUCACUAUAUUUAAAUAUUUUAAAUGCAGCUAACCUAUUCAAACUGAGUUUUUUUUAUCAAACUAUAAAUGUAAUAUGAAAGCUAACCUAACCACUCAGUGGUACCUAAACUACUUAUGAACAACUUGAAUGAUUGGAAAUUGUGUCAGGGAGUAAAAUUGCAACUUAUAACUUUUUCUCCGGAAAAGAGUCUUUCCUUCAAAAUUACCAAUAAUUAAUUUCAAUAGGGUGAGUUCUACUAAGUAAAAAAAAUAUAUAUAUUAUAGAUGAGGUUAAAGUUCUUUGAUUUUGUUUUCUUCCGAGAAGAGGUUUUAUCAUGUAAUUAUUAAUUUAUUUUGGUAUGCAUAUGUUUUAAUAUGAAAAUGGGGCAUUUUAACGGCAGACACAAUUUUCUUUUCCUGCAAAAAAAAAACAUUCAUCAUUAAGUGGUGCCGCAGGAUUGAUUGUGUCUGAAAGGUAAGGAAAUUUGUCAAUUCAGAUCUGGAAAACCUGGAAAAGUCUGGGAAUUUUAACAUUUUUCAAGCUUCUAGCAAUCAUGUUCAUGUACGUGUGUUAUAUUUAUGCACACUGUAAACAAGAUACACAGAUGUUUUCGUAAAUAAUUUUUUGUUUUGAUUUUGAAUAUUAACACUUAGUGUGUGAUAUUUCUGUAAAAUGUUACAUUUACAGACAAAACUCCUGUUGGUUUAAGAUGUAUCCAUCCAUAAUUAUUAUUUUUGAUUUAAUGAUGAUCUUGUAAAAUAGUGAAAUGUGCUUCCCUAUUUUCCUAUUCAUUAAUUUCUGAAUGUUUUUGUUGACUUUUUUUUAAAUCGAAUUAUAUUUUUAAUCUUGAAACAUAAAUAUGUACCUGCAAUAAAUCAGGCCUGUGUACUUGUGUUUUAAAGCUUCCUAAAAUAUUAAUUGUAAUGUAUAGAGUUUAUAUAUGAUAGCAUUUUCAUUAUGUUCUGAAUCACUUUAAACCCAAUUUUAAAUUUUGAAGUUGUUGGAAACAUUUAUUUAAUGUAGGUCAUGGUAAAAUUUAAAGCCAAGGAAGACAUACAUUUGAAUGUAUGGCUUGUGUUUAAAUGCACACUUUGGAAUUUGUGCUCAAUAGGUACUCUAAGCUUACCUGCAAUGUAAAAUUUAAUUGUUUUGUUGAUUAAAGUGUUUAUAAAUAUUUAAAAAGUUGUAUUAGAGGACAAAAUUUAACUGUACUAUCCAUCUGUGAAAAAGUUCAUUAUUUAUACUCUCCCGAUGAAUUUUACAAAUGGAAAAUAAGAUAGCACAUAGUGUAUGUGUGUAAGUGGCAGUGGCACAACAUUUGUUGCAGAAUAUGCUUCUGAAUGGAAUAUUCCUAGAAAUUGCCAUAAAUCAAAAAUAAUUAAUAAUUGUACGAACAUACAAUAACAACAAGGAAUGCCAAGUUAUCUGUGAUAAAAAUGCAGCUUUUACUGCAAACUGCAUUUGAAAAUAAGUUUGAAAAAUAACAAAUUACAGAUCAAAAUCAAAGGCAGACAUUUGCACCACAGUUGUUUCAGUUUGCCACUAUGAAAAAAUUAAUGGUCAAAAAACUGUCACUAAUAUUUAUUUCUGGGAUGCUUUAAAUUUAAACCCAUUGUUUUAGGUCAAGGCAAGAGAGCAAGUUCUUUGAUUGGCUGUGUUUCGUGUUGUUGGGUUUUUCACAAUUACUUAGAUGUUUGUAAUUGUGCUUUAAUCAAAAUUAUGCUUUUCUUUUUAACUUACAUAUUGAUGGGGAGAACUGUAAAAGGUAUGGUUUUACAGAAUGGGCAUUAAAUGAAAAAGGAGAAACCUAAAACUGUAUACAUGAAGAUUGUAAUAUUGUUACAUUAUACAUGUGCUAAUGAGUUUAGGUACCUGUGUUAAGAGUGAUAUUUACAUAAAUAAAUUAUUGUUUAGCUGAAAAACUAUUUUGAGAUAGUUAAUUAGUGAAUUUUGUAUUAUUUUUUUAUAUGUUGACACAUUAUAUCUGUGAGCCAAGGUGAACCUGUGUUGUUAAUUACUUAAUGUUUGCUUCUGUUUUUGCCCAGCUCAAUGAGAGUACAUAUUUAAAGCCUUUAUGUAUGUACAUAUUGUGUACAUUAAAAACCUUAACUUCA